AUGUCUCCGCGCUACCAAGGUCUCGAGCACCACCUCGCCGCCGCCCUCCCCUCCGCGUCCUACGAGAUCAUCUGCACCGUGGAUGGCCGGCUAUACCACGCGGCCUUCGCUUCUGCUCGAAAGCCUGCGCAGUGGGCGCCCUCGGGCUUGCAGGGGAUGCUUGUCUUCGGGCGGGACCGCUGCCCGGAUGGCGGGUAUUGGUUCCGGCUGAUUGACCCCGAGGUGAGGACGAAGAGCAAGGUGGUGUGGGCGUAUAGUAUACAAAAGGGCAUGAAGUACGAGAAGGACAAGCCGUUCUUCCAUUCGUUCGCUGGUGCUAGUCGGCAAUACGGCUUCCGCUUCGACGACGACGAGGAAGCGGACGUUUUCUUCGACACGGUCACGAAGACCCUUGCUCCGCCCAAGCCCGUGACCCCAAAGAAGCGAAGGUCGCUGCUCGGCGCGCGGCGUGCCAGUGCUCCUCUGGUAGUUUCCGCCCCCGCUCAAGGAUCCUUCACCCACCUCGCCCAUAUAUCCAUAGACGAGAAGGGCUUCCUCGAGGCGUCGGAGUCGGUCAACCCGGAGUGGCUCUUGGUCCUUGAGCGGUCGGAAACUUGA